AUGCCGCGCAGCUAUUCCACAAGGCAGGCAGCCCGGGGGCUGCAACAGCAGCAGCAACCGGGGAUCCAGAACUUCGCAAGAGCAACCAAGCCGGGCGUUGUAGCUCCUUCCUCCCUAUCGGAUAUUAAGAAGCCCUCUACGACAACCACAACGAUCAAUGUCCCGGUCACGCCUUCCAAGAAACGCAAACUGGUCGAGCUCGAGAACGUCGACUGUCGGGGUCCCCAGGGACCGGAAAGCACGGAUGCAGUCACGCCUUCCAAGACUCUUCGAUUGGGCGAAUUGACCCUGAAUACGCCUAGAAGUGGUCAUUAUGCACGGUCACCGGUGUCAGUGAGGAGGAGCGGCUCGGCUGCUACUGCCGUUACUGAGCAGCCGCCGGGUACCCCCUCGAAGCGCGCAGGUACUAGGAAGACAACAAAAAAGCCGGCUCCUGUGAAUCGUCGUGCAGCAUCUGUGGAGGACUUUGUAAAUCUGCAUGCGGCGUUUCUGAAAGCUGUUGCGCUGCAUGCUAUGCACAAUGGUGUUUCUGCCCCUGCCGACCUGAGAGAACUGCUCCCUACCAUUGAACGACUCUGGAAGAAGCGGAAGGUGGUAGUCAAGGAUCUUCAACGACUUGUCUGGGUUUUGGAUCAGGAGCCAUCAUCGACAGCGUUUCCCGGAUAUCGGAUCGCGAAUUAUGGACUGGGAAGGGUGUGCUUGGAGCGAAUUGCACGGGAGGGUGAGGAGCGGGCGAGCGAGAAUGAAUUGCAAGAGCGAUUCGAGCAGAGUGUGGACCUUCUCUGGGAGAAAGCAUUGGAUGCGGUGGACGGAGACGAGUCGAGGGUGGAUUUCGUCAACACGCUGGGAGUCGCGAUGAUCCAUGAGUCGUUGACGCCGUUUACCACGUUCCGGAAGGGACAGCAGCGGUUGCAGGACUUGAAGGGUGGAGUUAUUCGGUUGAAGACGGAGAAGUUGCGUGCGGAUGGGAAGGAUGAUGCGCCAGAGAAACCGAUCGAUGCGGCAAGUACGCGCCGGAAGGGGCUACUGGAGCGCAUUAAGGAUAAGCAGCUGCGGCAGGCGAAGCUGCCACCCCCGCCGUCGAAGCAGGAGUUGUUGAGGAGGGCAGCUGCGGAGCGCGUGGAGGAGGUUGCGGGAGUUUUGGCACUGCUGAGACCUGCUGGGUAUGUUGGGACCGGGGCGAAGGCUGUGAUGGCUGCGCAGCGGACUCCAUUUCGGAUGGAGAUGAUUGCGCAGAAUGUCCAGGACUCGGCACGGAGUCCGAUUUCCCAGCAGGAGGUGGAAAUUUGUUUGGAGAUUCUAGCCCGGGAGGAUGUUGCUGGGGAGUGGGUGAAUCUCGUCACGGUGAAUCAGAUGAAGUCUGUGGUUCUCAAAUCAUGUGCGGAUGUCCAGCCCAAGGAGAUUGGAGCCAAGGUGGCCCAGUUGAAGCUUGGGUGGGAAGGGACUGAGGCGCAGAAGACAAUUAUCUCUGCCGCUUAA